AUGAAAAAUAAUUAGGAUUUCAUUUAAAUGAUGCUAGAUCUUAAUCUUAGCAAAGAAUAUAUAAAAAGUAUAAAAGGAGACUUAAAUAGAAACUAAUCUAUUAAUAAUAAAUUGAAUAUUCAAAAAUUAAGUAAAUUUUAUAAGACUCUAAAUAAUGCUGAUGUAUUAUAAUUGUAUAAUUAGUUAUUAAGUUAUUGCACCAAUAAAUUCAGUUGUAUACACAAAGCAGUUAGAGAUGAAUUAAGAAAUAGAUUUAAUACACCCUUAACUUAAUUUUGGCCAAUUUUAGCAAAUAUUAUUUAAAAUAAAGAAGCUAAUCCAAAAUAUUAUACAGAUUUACUAAAAAUUUAAGAAUUUCCGAAAUAUUUUAAUGAUACUAUUUAAAAAGAUGUAGUUCGUACUUCUAGUAAUUAAGAAAUGCAAUAAAAGUUAACUAAUGUUUUAACAGCCUAUGUUAUUAGGAAUGCUUAAAUUGGAUAUUGUUAAGGAUUUAAUUAUAUUGCACAUUAUUUAUUAUUAAAUUAAAGAUACUCAGAAGAAGUAAAUAAUUCAAUUUUAUUUAAGGAUACAUUUUGGUUUCUAUGUCAUUUAUUCGAGACUCUCUUACCAUAAAAUUAUUAUAAUCAUUUAUUUGGUGUUUUAAGUGAUGAUGAAAUAAUUAGAUAGAUUCUAUAAAAAGAAAAACCUCAUUUAAUGGAACAUUUUAAAAACUUAUCAGUAGAAACAAGUUUAUUCACAAUUUAAUGGUUAGUUUGUUGUUUUACAUUUCACAAUAAAUUAACAGAUACUAUUUUUGAUCUUCUUUUAGUUGAAGGUUCGAAAGCAUAAAUUAAAUCUACAUUAGCUUAUAUCAAUCUAUUAGAAGAUUCAUUAUUAUAAGCAAAUGAUAUUGGCUGUCUUAUAAUGACUAUUGAACAUUUUAUUUCAACAUUUUAAGAUAGAUAAAUAUUCAUUGAAGAAUACCAAAAAAUUUAUGUUAAUAAUAAAAUAUUAUAAAAUAUUAGAUAAGAUAUAUCUAAUUAAGUAGUAUCUACAGUUUAAUCAAGUGAUACAAAAAGAGUGACAUCUCUUAAUGGAUUUCUUGAAGAUUUACGAAAAUAAAAAUGUUAAUUGAAUCUUCCUAUAUGUAUAUAUGAAUUGGAAACUUGGAGUAGAAAUAAGAAACAUAUGGAUAAUCUGGUUUUUAGAGUUGGAUAAUUAAAUCAAAUAAAUAAUGAAAAUAAGAGAUAAUCAUUGAAAAAUCCUGAUAGAAUCAAUAAUCAACUUAUGGUAAGAUAAAAUCAUAUUUGUGAUAAAGAUGAUAGUUAUUUGAUUAGAAAACUAUAACAUAAAGAUAAUUAUGAAAUCUAAUUAAUUGACAUUAACAAAAGAAUAUAACAAACUCAAAUUGUUAAUUCACCUAGAGGUCGUAGUCCAUUUAAAGAUUUUUUAUUAACUCCAAUUAAGGCUUUGAAUAAUGCAUAAGAUUUAGGAUUAAAAUUAAGAAUGAAUCCAACAAUCUACAAAAUAGAUAGUCUUUAACUAUCUUCAAGUACUUUUGCUUUACCUGUAAAUGUAAGGAAAAGAACUUAAGGAUGGAAAACACAAAGAGCUAGAUCUCCAGAAUAAACUAAGAUUUUAUUAAGAAAAAUGAAUGUUUAUGGAUCACCUAAAAGAAAACUUGAAAUGAAUAUUUCGAAUAAUUUUAUAAAUCAAUCUACAGACAUUUCAUAAUAGUAUCCUACUACAUUAAGAGAAUGUAAAUCAAUUAAAUUUAUAGCUCAACUUUCCAGAAAUACCAAUUUAAUAAAUAUUGACUUUUAUCCAGAUUAAUAAUGA